AUGGACUCCGGCGCGACGGGCGAUGCCCCGUCUCUCCCUUGGCGGGCAAUGUCCAACAUGACGAUGUGGGGUGUGGCCGGACUAUGUCGCGCCUUCUUGUCGGGCUUGUGCAACGCUGAUGCGCAUGGUGCUGAGGCCUUCACGGAAUUGCUGGACUCGAGGCGGGAUCCUUCGCAAAGAACGAAAGGAUUAAUCACAGUAUCGAACCAUAUCAGUGUUAUGGACGAUCCGUUGUUAUGGGGAAUUCUACCCCCUCGAUUCUGGAAUAAAAGAUGGUCUUUCGGUAGCCACGAUAUCUGUUUCCAGACUAGACCACUGUCGUUUUUCUUCACCAUGGGACAAGUGUUGCCAACACACCGUCUCCUUCAUUCACCAUUCGGUGGACUGGGCCAACCGGCUGUCACCGAGGCCAUUCGAUUAUUGUCCAAGGGUCCCUUCCCCGUCGACCACCACCGCGCUACCCCCGAACGUCAGCACUACAGCCUCCAGAACGUCUGUGUUGAUCCCUUCUCUGACCUGUCCGUCGCAUACACAACCAACGGAGAGGAUGCGCAUCUAGCGCCUUCCGCAUACUCAUGCAAUUCAUACUCCUGGGUUCAUAUCUUCCCGGAAGGCAAGAUCCACCAAGCACCGCGCAAGACCAUGCGAUACUUCAAAUGGGGCGUGGCACGGCUCAUUUUGGAGGCAAAGGAGUGCCCGGACGUGGUUCCGAUGUGGAUCGAAGGAUUCGACAAUAUCAUGCACGAGAGUCGAGAAUUUCCCCGGUUCCUGCCUCGGCCAGGCAAGAAGGUCGAUGUAACUUUUGGUCCAAAGGUCGACUCUGAAGCUGUCUUUGGGGAUAUGAGAUCGCGCUGGCAGAAGUUGAAAACCAAGGUAGAAGCGUCGGAUGCCCAGUCUCGAGAUUUGCCUGUGGGCGUGCUAAGUGACGCGCUAUUGCACAAUAAGGAAGCUGUGGAGCUGCGCAAGGAGGUUACACGGAAGAUCCGCAACCUGGUACUGGAUGUACGAAGGUCCCGUGGCUUGCCAGAUGAAGACCCUAAGGAGGGACUUGUGGAGACAUGGCUUGAGGAAGGCCCUAAGCGAGAAGGGCAUAUGAAAGACGACUCGUGGAUCAGAGAUAUUUGA